AUGUCAUCACACACCAAUCUUAGGUGGAAAAUCAUGCUAACGCUCUUUGCCUUCCCUGUGUGUUUUUGUGUUGUGUAUUUAUAUUAAAAAGACCUCCACUCACCUGACGCUGUUGUUUUUCUUACAGGGCCUCAUGAAAUCAUUCUCCUUCACACAAGGUUCCUCCUUGACUAACAGCUCCCUAAUAAUGUGAAACGUAUUUUUACUGAAGGAUAUGUCAUUGAGUUUGUCAUGUUGUUUCUCUCUCCCAGUUUGACAAGACGUCUGUUCCACCCCUCAUCUAUUGUUGUUGUUGUCUGCAUGGCGCUGUUUGAUGAUGUAAUGUUGUUUCUCUCCCUCCAGGGCUCUGUUUGACUAUGACAGGGCAAAGGACUCGGGGCUGCCCAGCCAGGGGCUCAACUUCCACUUUGGAGACAUCCUUCAUGUGGUGAAUGCCUCCGAUGACGAGUGGUGGCAGGCGCGGCAGGUGACCCGCGAAGGAGAGGUGGAAGAGGUCGGGGUCAUCCCCAGCAGGAGGAGGUGAGGGGUCAAAGGUUAGAAGCUGCCCUAUAGGCACAGAUCUAUGGAUGGGCAACUGGUGCUCAGGGGUCUGAGUGCCUGCUGUUUUUCACAUUUUGCCUGGCCCGGGGAUUGAAGUUGCCCCCAUCCCUUGUUCUGUGUCUCCAACACUGAAAUCUUAUUUUAGGAGAUUAACCAAAAAAAGUUUGAAUUAGUAGGAGUUUUGUCAGUUAGCACGACAUGGCUUUAAAUAAGCCUUCUUACUCACCAGACUCAGCAGUUUGGGGAAUUCAGUUUUAAAACACCAUUGCAUGUCCUGUGCUUGCUGAGUGUGUGUGUGUGUGUGUGUGUGUGUGUGUGUGUGUGUGAGUGAGUCAGCAUAGCACAGUGCUGGUUUUAUCCCUGGGCACAGCAUGGUGUGAAUGCUGAUGCCACUGUGACUGGCACAAUGCAUCAUAAGUGUACCAUAGGAACAGAGAGUAUGCCCACAACCACUAUUUUUUGUUUAGCCAAGGAUUGUAAUGAGGUGUGUUACUGCAGUCUUUCAGUGAAAACCUUCUCUGUGGCAAAAAAAAGUUGCCAUCGAAAACAAAAACCCACCCAUCGGGUUACACUUCCUCUGUUAAAUCAGCAGCCCUUUGACGUCAGUAACAAAUUAUCACAUCUUAUUCUGCAAAGAGGCGCUUGGAAUCAGCUGUUUCAUUAAACUUGAGAGUUCAAACACCCUCCAGUCUCUCUCUCUCUCUCUCUCUCUCUCUUACUCUCUCUCUCUCACACACAUACACUGUCGAGCUUCACCUCUAUUUCCUCCCUCCCUCGCUCUCUCACCCAACAGAGAGGUGACGGACAGAUGAUAAUUGGCUUCUCACCUGACUCUGGUUCGUUUGUCACCUUGGAAUGAUCAGAUGGCAGCAGUAGUAGUAGUAGUAGUAGUAGUAGUAGUAGUAGUAGUAGUAGUAGUAGUAGUAGUAGUAGUAGUAGUAGUAGUAGCAGCAGUAUUAGUAGUAGCAGUAGUAGUAGUAGUAGUAGCAUCAGUAGUAGUAGCAGCAGUAGUAGUAGUAGCAGUAGUAGUAGCAGUAGUAGUAGUUAGCAGUUAUUAGCUAGUAGAGUAGUAAGUAGUAGUUAGUAUCGUAGUAUAUAGUAGUAGUCAGUAUAGACAGUGUAGAAAUAGUAGUAGUAGAGUAGCAGUAGCAGUAGUAUGUAGUAGUAGAGUGAGAUAGUAGUAGUAGCAGUAUAUAGUAGCAGUAGUAGCAGAGUAGUAGUAGGAUAGUAGAGUAGUAGAUAGUAGUAGUAGCAGAGUGAGAGUAGUAGUAGUAGUAGAGUAGUGUAGUAGCAGUAGUAAGUAGUAGUAGUAGUAGUAGAGUAGACAGUAGUAGUAGUAGUAGUAUCAGUAGUAGUAUGUAGCAGAGAUAGUAGUAGUAGUAGUAGUAGUAGUAGUAGUAGCAGCAGAGUAGUAGUAUAGAUAGUAGUAGUAGUAGUAUAGUAGUAGAGUAGAGUAGUAGAGCAGCAGUAGUAGUAGUAUAGUAGUAGUAGCAGCAGUUAGCAGUAGAGUAAGCAGCAGUAGUAGGUAGCAGUAGAUAGUAGUAGUAGUAAGCAGUUAGUAGCAGUAGUAGUAGUAGCAGUAGUAGCAGUGUAGCAGCAGUAGUAGUAGCAGUAGUAGUAGCAGUAGUAGCAGUAGUAGUAGUAGUAGCAGCAGUAGUAGCAGUAGCAGUAGCAGUAGCAGUAGUAGUAGCAGCAGUAGUAGUAGUAAUAGUAGUAGUAAUAGUAGUAGUAGCAGCAGUAGUAGCCCAGUAGUAGCAGCAGUAGUAGUAGCAGUAGUAAUAGUAGUAGUAGUAGUAGCCGCAGUCGUAGUAGUAGUAGUAGUAGCAGUAGUAGUAGCAGCAGAAGUAGUAGUAGUAGUAGUAGCAGUAGUAGAAGCAGUAGUAGUAGUAGUAGUAGCAGUAGCAGUAGUAGUAGUAGCAGCAGUAGUAGUAGUAGUAGUAGCAGGUAGUAGUAGUAGCAGCAGUAGCUAGUAGUAGUACCGUAUUGGUCCGAAUAUAAGACGACCACUGAUUAUAAGACGACCCCCCCGUUUUUUCAACACAAACAUUUAGAAAAACAGAUUUGCAGACUAGAUUUGCCGAACAAAGAACUUCAUUUUAUUUUAAAAUAACAAUAUUAAAACACAGUGAAUUAAACAAAGGCAAAUAGACAGUAGUAGUUAAAUUAAUCAAGCAAUAAAGCACAUUUUUAGAACAGAGAAAGAUAGGACAAUUAAUAAGUACACAAGAAUCGAGAACUAUCUCGAGUCUCAGUACUACACACGUCAUUAGCCCGAGUGUGUCGCUCAGUAGUCAUGUCAGUAGUGCGCUGUAGCAGUCUUAGACGUGUUUUCUGUACGCAUCUUUAUUUAGUCAGUGAGCCCGAAUGUUGAGCUGGCAGUGUAGUGUAGAGAUUGCUAGUGACAGCAUAGUGAAAUUAGCAGUAGUAGCCUCAGCGAUGUUAUAUUGACUGCAGUAUGAGCAUUGUAUAAAUAGGUAGCCGUAGUUCAUCUUAAACACCGGUAGGCGGUGUUAAGGAGCUCUUCCGUCCGAACGAAUUUGCGCCAUCUGUGAGCGAUGUGUAGUAGUACAUUAAGGAGGCGAAGAGUAGAAUGGCUGAUACUAGCAGCGAAUAGUAAGCGUAGCCAAUUUGGAGCAUAUGUAGUAUAGUAGUAGUAGCGUAGUAGUAGCGAGCACAGUAGUAUAGUAGUAGUAGUAGUAGUAGUAGCAGUAGUAGUAGUAGUAGUAGCAGUAGCAGUAGUAGUAGUAGUAGUAGUAGCAGUAGUAGUAGUAGUAGCAGGAGCAGUAGUAGUAGUAGUAGCAAUAGCAGUAGCAGUAGUAGCAGCAGCAGUAGUAGCAGUAGUAGUAAUAGUAGCAGCAGUAGUAGUAGCAGUAGUAGUAGUAGUAGCAGUAAUAGCAGCAGCAGUAAGUAGUAGUAGUAGCAGUAGUAGCAGCAGUAGUAGUAGUAGCAGCAGCAGUAAUAUUUGAAGCAGUAGGAGUAGUAGUAGUAACAGGGUGUUUUUGUAUGAAGUUGUGUGUCAUGAGAGUCGGUAUCUAUCAUGUGAAAGCAUGAGUCAUUGUGAUGAUAGGCCACCAGGAUUGUAGAAUGACAUGAUAUGGUUGCAGUGUGAAAACUGAUUUAUCUCGAGCACUGCAUUGUCAAACUGUUUCUGAUACUUCCUAAUGUGAAGGAGAUUAAGAUGCCUAUAGCCUGUCAAAAAACAAAAACAAAACAAAAAGAGAGAGAAAGUAAAGAAAGCCUGUAGCAGCCAUUGAACAGCCAUACCUUGUAAAGUAGCUUGAGACAGCUGUUAACCCAAAUGAAGGCUUAAAGGAAAGCUGUACUGUACUUGCUGUUGAUGCAGAGCAGAAGACUGUGUUGUGUUAUCCAGAGCUCUGAGUUAUUUGAUUCUUCCUGCUGCUGCUCUCCAAGGUAUUGCCAUAUUCUCCAGUGAUGUCCUCAUUGUAAAGGAAAGAAGGAAAUUAUUCACAUUUUAAAGCUUCAUAGAGCUUUGUACAAUUUUGAUUCUGCUAAUAUUUCCUUCGGGGUCUCAUUUAAAUUAAAUAAAAAUGUAGGAGGGACAUAAUUACUGGUACUUUCUUUUAAUUAUGCUGCCUUCAAGGCUCUCACAGAGUUGGGGAAAUAAAAAGGUUUCCCCUCAAGGCAACUGUUUUAUCCCUGUGAUGACUGAAUCACCCCUUCCCGCUCUACUCCUCAAUCUCAGCAGAGCACUGUGGAAGUUACUAGAGACAUGGAACCGGGAUCUGAGUCUUCACACACACGCAAUACCCCGGCUGAAAAUAGCCAGCUUGUUUCAAGGCACGAUAUAUUCAAUGUUUAAUCAGUGACCCAUGGGUGCAGCCCUCGCUCCGUCACUCCUCACUUCCCCCUUUUUCCUCUCUUCUCACCCCCCCUCUCUUUUUUUGCUCUCUUUUCUCCUGCAGGGUGGAAAAAAAAGAGAGAGCGCGGUUAAAGACGGUCAAAUUCAACGCCCGGUCUCAAGACAAAGGGGUGAGUGUUAGGUGACCCGUAGAGGAUCUCUGUUAGGUGACCCGUAGAGGAUCUCUGUUAGGUGACCCGUAGAGGAUCUCUGUUAGGUGACCCGUAGAGGAUCUCUGUUAGGUGACCCGUAGAGGAUCUCUGUUAGGUGACCCGUAGAGGCUCUCUGUUAGGUGACCCAUAGAUAAUCUCUGUUAGGUGACCCGUAGAGGAUCUCUGUCACGUGACCUAUAGAGGAUCUCUGUUAGGUGACCCAUAGAUGAUCUCUGUUAGGUGACCUGUAGAGGAUCUCUGUCACGUGACCUAUAGAGGAUCUCUGUAAGGUGACCCGUAGAGGAUCUCUGUCAGGUGACCCGUAGAGGAUCUCUGUCAGGUGACCCGUAGAGGAUCUCUGUCAGGUGACCUGUUGAGGAUCUCUGUCAGGUGACCCGUUGAGAAUAGCUGUCAGGUGACCCGUAGAGGGAUCUCUGUCAUGUGACCCGUAGAGGUUCUGUCAGGUGACCCGUAGAGGAUCUCUGUCAGGUGGCCCGUAGAGGAUCUAUGUCAGAUGACCCGUUGAGGAUCUAUGUCAGGUGACCCGUUGAGAAUAGCUGUCAGGUGACCCGUAGAGGGAUCUCUGUCAGGUGACCCGUAGAGGAUCUAUGUCAGGUGACCCGUAGAGGAUCUCUGUCAGUUGACCCGUAGAAGAUCUCUGUCAGGUGACCUGUUGAGGAUCUCUGUCAGGUGACCCAUUGAGAAUAGCUGUCAGGUGACCCGUUGAGAAUAGCUGUCAGGUGACCCGUAGAGGAUCUCUGUCACGUGACCUAUAGAGGAUCUCUGUUAGGUGACCCAUAGAUGAUCUCUGUUAGGUGACCUGUAGAGGAUCUCUGUCACGUGACCUAUAGAGGAUCUCUGUAAGGUGACCCGGAGAGGGUCUCUGUCAGGUGACCCGUAGAGGGUCUCUGUCAGGUGACCCGUAGAGGAUCUCUGUCAGGUGACCCGUAGAGGAUCUCUGUCAGGUGACCUGUUGAGGAUCUCUGUCAGGUGACCCGUUGAGAAUAGCUGUCAGGUGACCCGUAGAGGGAUCUCUGUCAUGUGACCCGUAGAGGUUCUGUCAGGUGACCCGUAGAGGUUCUCUGUCAGGUGACCCAUAGAGGAUCUCUGUCAGGUGACCCGUAGAGGCUCUCUGUCAGGUGACCUGUUGAGAAUAGCUGUCAGGUGACCCGUAGAGGAUCUUUGUCAGGUGACCCGUAGAGGCUCUAUGUCAGGUGACCCGUAGAGGAUCUCUGUCAUGUGACCCGUAGAAGAUCUCUGUCAGGUGACCUGUAGAGGAUCUCUGUCAGGUGACCCGUUGAGAAUAGCUGUCAGGUUACCUGUUGAGGAUCUCUGUCAGGUGACCCGUAGAGGAUCUCUGUCAGGUGACCCGUUGAGGAUCUUUGUUACAGUAUCAGUGCUGUUAUGGAAAUAUUGCUUACAAAAAUAUAUUCUUCAAGAUAGUUGUAGUUUAAGCUUUGUGAAAAUCCAUAAACACUUCAGUGUUACAAACUUUUUCCCAUGAUCUAAUAUUAUACCAGGUGUUGACAAUCAUCUCACAUCAUCAGUAUGCCUGGUUCAGAGCACUCUGACUAAUGACUUCGAUCAGGGGUUCCCAACCUUUUUCGGUCACUGUGCCACCAACUGAAUUUAGCUCUGCCCGGAGUACCCCUGAAGUACCCCCUCUUGCAUUUUACCAGUAAGCCUAUGAUCUCAUGAGUCUUCUCAAGUACCUCCAUUGGAUAGGCCAGGUACCCCCAGGGGUCCUUGUACCCCUGGUUGGGAACCACUGACUUAGAUCAUACCUCCACUCCUUCCACACAUAGAGCUGAUUAAAGUGUUACCUACUCAGAAACUCUAGUCAUGGUUCAUCAGAAAGAACACCGACCUUUUAAAACUGAACAUGCACGUUUUCAUAACAAUACACUGACCUAUGACUUUAUUUUAUAUGGAUACAAUAUUUUUGCUGUUUAUAGUAUUUUAGGCAGGAAUGCUAACUUGAGAUCCACACAGAUUUCAAGUUAGCAUUCUAUCCAUAAUUAUAUUGUGAAGCUGUUUCCACAUGACCAAAAUGAAUGUACCUUUACUGUACUAAUCUGAGGCUGUCUGUGUGUGAGAGGCUGUAGAGUUAACAGCAUGUCUACCAUGACCACUCCCAGCGAGAGACAACACUCUUGUUAUUCAUUCAAGAAUAUUUCCCACCUGACUCACUGAGUCUCCCAGAGGAGAACUGUGCUGCGUUGACACAGUGGUGUGUUUCAUCCACAUGCACAGAUUCUACACAGAUCUGAUCAGUGGCCUUAUUCACAGUACGUCUCAGAGUAGGAAUUCUGAUCAAGGAUCAGGUUUCACCUCUUAAUAAUCAUGAUCUAAAAGGCUAAACUGAUCCUAGAUUAGGACUCCUACUCUUUUUUGAAUACGGGAUUAUUAGAUCGUUAUAUCAUGUUGAUGUGGUUCCUGGGAUCUCUUGAGUAGGAGUACUGACCUAGGAUCUGUUUUGUAUUAAAUAAAGAGUAUACGGACAGAGUGAAGCUGAUCCUAGAUUAGGACUCCUACUCUGAGAAUCCUUGAGAAUCUGCACAGACCUGUAUAGAUAGAAUGUGCAUGUGGAAGGCAGCUGUGUUUCGUAACAUGGCACCCAGACCACUGCAUGACCUGUGCAGGACAGAGGGCUGAUAUACGUUUGCCAUUGAUGUCAAACUGCUUCCACUACCUACUCUCACCAACCACCUCUCUCUCCUUUCUACUUUCCAUGCAUACAAUCCAACCUCACCUCCCUCAUAUUUUUUUAUUCUUGCUUUUUUUGUGCGUUGAUCAGUAUCUUAAAUCUAUCUGAAUCAUGAAGCUGAAGCAAUUGAUCCGUUAUGGUGAUGGAGUAAGGGAUCUUUGUUUUUAUAAAUGAGUGUCUAAAAAUGCUUUAUACAAGGAGCAUGAUAUUUCCUUCCUUUAUACAAGGAGCAUGAUACUUCCUUCCUUUAUACAAGGAGCAUGAUACUUCCUUCCUUUAUACAAGGAGCAUGAUACUUCCUUCCUUUAUACAAGGAGCAUGAUACUUCCUUCCUUUAUACAAGGAGCAUGAUACUUCCUUCCUUUAUACAAGGAGCAUGAUACUUCCUUUCUUUAUACAAGGAGCAUGAUACUUCCUUCCUUUAUACAAGGGGCAUGAUACUUCCUUCCUUUCCUUCUUUGCUCCUUUGCAUGCUUAGACACAGUAUUGGGCUAGUGUUGAAGGUUUUGAACCUUUCUCACUCCAAUCCUUCUUCCUGCUUUAAUUCAGUAUGGCAAUGGGAUGUCUUUUCAUUAAUGAGUCAUUUAUUUGGUCAGAUGUCUGAUAAUUCCUUUUCAUUUACUGAGCUGACUCCGUAGCCAUCUCGGUGUAAAACACUUAUUCUGUUGUAGUUCAAUUCAUCCAGAUCAUAGUUACCCCAAUCUGAAGCUAUAGAGUUAACUUGACUCAAAAGUCAAAGUAAUCUGGACUCAAAGGUCAGAAUUUCUUCCUGCUUCAUGGUAACAGAUUGUCAGUUGUGUGCACUUAAACUAAGAUGUCUGCCAAGUCCAGCUCAGAGGGUUGUGGGUAACUGUCCUGGGUUUGUUGUGUUCACACCAAUAUUAGACACCUCCCUCCCUCCUUCCCUUUUUUGUUUUACCCCGUCCCAUCCUCCAUCCCUCCAUCCCUCCCUCACUCUCUUCCCCAGCAGUCAUUCAAUGACAAGCGUAAAAAGAACCUCUUUUCCCGAAAGUUCCCUUUCUACAACAAGAGCAAGGAGCACAGCGAGCAGGAAACAAGCGAUGUUGACCGUAAGUAAAGCGUUAAAGAGACGGACGGUCGCUAGAACAGUAGGUCAGGGCAGCCUCAGGCACAGGAACGCACAGGAACCGCCAGACACAACCACUAGCCCUGCAGCAGGUAACCCUAGUACCAAGGUAGAGCAUUGGGCUUUAAUAACUAGGGCCAUGACCACCAGGAAAGACUCUGGGCCCCCUAGUUCUAACCAUACUUUGCUCAACCACCACUCUAAACCAUAGCUCUACGUCAGGAAUCCUCUGUGGCCUUAGGCCUGCAUCUCCGCUCCGGUAGCUUUGAGCAUUGCUCAUUGAUUUAUCAGUUUGGUUGGUUUGACCAUUUGGGUUCAGUGCAGUGCUGCGUCGUUGUGUCUAACGGUCGAACAGCGUGUUGUGUUCCAGUAAUGAAUGUCUCUCUUGUGGUUGUGUCUCCUGUUUUGCUUUGCUCUCUGACGACUGCUUCACAGGACCCUGACGACAAAGGACUGAGUAAGUCACACAAGGUUUUCCACUGUCACACAACCAACCCUCUGCAGCUCAUCCCAGGCUCCGGCAGUCAUAUCAUAUUGUCAUCCAUCUCCUAACUAGGACAUUAACAGAAAUACUUGUCAUCCAAUGCAUUCACAGUCAUUAAAACCUCUUUCAUAGUCAUCCAGCCUCUUAAUGUUUUGACAGUCGGCUUAGUUUAACUAACAUACACAACAGUGUGUUUGUACUUCUAUUCUGUUCAAAGCACAAACAGUGCCUUCUCUAAACACAUUGCAUCCACGUAACAAUGCAUAGACCAACACUCAUAUAUCUGAAAGAUUGUCUUCCCGUCAGCCUCUGUACACUGUGGUCAGGCAUUUUACACUGUGUUCAAACAGCAGGACAUCAGGGUCGUUAGCUAGACAGUACAACAAUACUAAUAUCAUCAGCACACUGAAUCAUGCAGUGUGGUGAUGUCACUUUAAUCAAUGGUGAUUCAUUGGUGGGUAUUGUACGGCAGAUCAUGCAGGCUGCUUUUGCACUGUAAAGUCCCCUUUAGAGAGUAGGCCUAGUGUUGCUGUUCGUUUCCCCUUACUCAGCAUAGAUGGAGGUGGGCUCAUUUAGAAACACGUACAGUAGAACAGUGGUUCUCAACGAACAGUAGAACAGUGGUUCUCAAUGAACAGUGGUUCUCAACGAACUGUAGAACAGUGGUUCUCAAUGAACAAGUGGUUCUCAACGAACAGUAGAACAGUGGUUCGUAACGUACAGUAGAACUGUGGUUCUCAACGUACAGUAGAACGGUGGUUCUCAACGUACAGUAGAACGGUGGUUCUCAACGUACAGUAGAACAGUGGUUCUCAACAUACAGUAGAUCAGGGGUUCUCAACCUUUUUUGGUUACUGUACCACCAACCGAAUGUUGCUCUUCCCAGAGUACCCCUGAAGUACCCCCUCUUGCAUUUUACCAGUAGGCCUAUGGUCUCAUGAGUCUUCUCAUGUACCCCAUGUGGAUAGGCCAAGUACUCCCAGGGGUCAUAGUACCUCUGAUUGGGAACCACUGCAGUAGAGAAAACAGUAAUUAGAAUAAUCUAGGGGAUUUAAUAGACAUAGUAGAUAGACUCUGAUGGUCCCAAGUGAUUGUGUGUGUUACAGAGGUGUCAUAUCACUGUCAGAAUCACCUUGGUGUAGGGGACCUUUCCUGUUGAAUAUAUUUAUGUCUGACCCCCCCCCCCCCCCCCCCCCUUUGGCUGUGUUAAGACCCUUCAGGAGUCCUGGAUGUUGUGCUAUUUCAACCAUCAUUUAAAUAAAAACAUAUUUUUAGUUCACCUUUAUUUAUUCAGGGGAUACAGUGGGGAAAAAAAGUAUUUAGUCAGCCACCAAUUGUGCAAGUUCUCCCACUUAAAAAGAUGAGAGAGGCCUGUAAUUUUCAUCAUAGGUACACGUCAACUAUGACAGACAAAAUGAGAAAAAAAAAUCCAGAAAAUCACAUUGUAGGAUUUUUAAUGCAUUUAUUGGCAUAUGAUGGUGGAAAAUAAGUAUUUGGUCAAUAACAAAAGUUUCUCAAUACUUUGUUAUAUACCCUUUGUUGGCAAUGACACAGGUCAAACGUUUUCUGUAAGUCUUCACAAGGUUUUCACACACUGUUGCUGGUAUUUUGGCCCAUUCCUCCAUGCAGAUCUCCUCUAGAGCAGUGAUGUUUUGGGGCUGUCGCUGGGCAACACGGAUUUUCAACUCCCUCCAAAGAUUUUCUAUGGGGUUGAGAUCUGGAGACUGGCUAGGCCACUCCAGGACCUUGAAAUGCUUCUUACGAAGCCACUCCUUCGUUGCCCGGGCGGUGUGUUUGGGAUCAUUGUCAUGCUGAAAGACCCAGCCAUGUUUCAUCUUCAAUGCCCUUGCUGAUGGAAGGAGGUUUUCACUCAAAAUCUCACGAUACAUGGCCCCAUUCAUUCUUUCCUUUACACGGAUCAGUCGUCCUGGUCCCUUUGCAGAAAAACAGCCCCAAAGCAUGAUGUUUCCACCCCCAUGCUUCACAGUAGGUAUGGUGUUCUUUGGAUGCAACUCAGCAUUCUUUGUCCUCCAAACACGACGAGUUGAGUUUUUACCAAAAAGUUAUAUUUUGGUUUCAUCUGACCAUAUGACAUUCUCCCAAUCCUCUUCUGGAUCAUCCAAAUGCACUCUAGCAAACUUCAGACGGGCCUGGACAUGUACUGGCUUAAGCAGGGGGACACAGCAGGAUUUGAGUCCCUGGCGGCGUAGUGUGUUACUGAUGGUAGGCUUUGUUACUUUGGUCCCAGCUCUCUGCAGGUCAUUCACUAGGUCCCCCCGUGUGGUUCUGGGAUUUUUGCUCACCGUUCUUGUGAUCAUUUUGACCCCACGGGGUGAGAUCUUGCGUGGAGCCCCAGAUCGAGGGAGAUUAUCAGUGGUGUUGUAUGUCUUCCAUUUCCUAAUAAUUGCUCCCACAGUUGAUUUAUUCAAACCAAGCUGCUUACCUAUUGCAGAUUCAGUCUUCCCAGCCUGGUGCAGGUCUACAAUUUUGUUUCUGGUGUCCUUUGACAGCUCUUUGGUCUUGGCCAUAGUGGAGUUUGGAGUGUGACUGUUUGAGGUUGUGGACAGGUGUAUUUUAUACUGAUAACAAGUUCAAACAGGUGCCAUUAAUACAGGAAACGAGGGGAGGAGAGAGGAGCCUCUUAAAGAAGAAGUUACAGGUCCGUGAGAGCCAGAAAUCUUGCUUGUUUGUAGGUGACCAAAUACUUAUUUUCCACCAUAAUUUGCAAAUAAAUUCAUUAAAAAUCCUACAAUGUGAUUUUCUGGAUUUUUUUUUCUCAAUUUGUCUGUCAUAGUUGACGUGUACCUAUGAUGAAAAUUACAGGCAUCUCUCAUCUUUUUAAGUGGGAGAACUUGCACAAUUGGUGGCUGACUAAAUACUUUUUUUCCCCACUGUAUAUAAUCUCUUUUACAAAAGAGAGACUUGGUCCAAAAUGGCCGCAGGGUCACCGUGUUGGAAAUAACAGCAUGAAAACACACAUUAACAUUGUAUAAAAGCUGCACCUUGAUGUGACAGGACCUAACCGUGGUCUAAUGUAAGGAUGCAAGAGGAAGGUCUCACAGAUAUACCGUCAUAAUGCCUUUCACAUAAUGCUGCCCUUCACAAAACCUAACUUCAGAGGGUAUAGAGUUUUUAGAAAGCACAAUACGUACAAAGUUCACACCUCCGUCUCCUUAGGGUUCCUAGCACUGCCCUCUCCUGGUGAUCCUGUGUGUAUCUCUGUGUCUUCAUGUUGUGACGUCAUCAGUGGGAGGGGUGUGUCUGUGUGUAUCUCUGUGUCUUCAUGUUGUGACGUCAUCAGUGGGAGGGGUGUGUCUGUGUAGAUCUCUGUGUCUUCAUGUUGUGACGUCAUCAGUGGGAGGGGUGUGUCUGUGUAGAUCUCUGUGUCUUCAUGUUGUGACGUCAUCAGUGGGAGGGGUGUAUCUGUGUGUAUCUCUGUGUCUUCAUGUUGUGACGUCAUCAGUGGGAGGGGUGUAUCUGUGUGUAUCUCUGUGUCUUCAUGUUGUGACGUCAUCAGUGGGAGGGGUGUAUCUGUGUGUAUCUCUGUGUCUUCAUGUUGUGACGUCAUCAGUGGGAGGGGUGUAUCUGUGUGUAUCUCUGUGUCUUCGUGUUGUGACGUCAUCAGUGGGAGGGGUGUAUCUGUGGUGCUGACAUUCCUUUGUUAUACUUUCAGAGCAUGUAACCUCUAACGCCAGCGAUAGUGAAAGUAGUUACCGUAAGUCCUGGUGUGCCUCUCCUUCCCUCCCUCCACCCCCCCCUCUGUCGACCGUUGGCUCUAUUCUGUAAUUAGUUGUUUUUCACUUCUCCGUCGUCAUCUUCUCUGCUUCUGGUGGUGUUCUAUUAUGUACCGUGUGUGUUUGGUAUGUCACACGUUAAGAGGCCCCAAGCUACUUCCUUCAGGGAUGCAUGUCCCCAAGCUACUUCCUUCAGCAAUGCAUGUCCCCAAGCUACUUCCUUCAGGGAUGCAUGUUGAAAUAGCAGUCGUGUUAGGAGGUUUACUGGACUGAUAUGAAACCGAUGUGGAGCUUUAGCAGUGUGUUUGUGUUUGUGUGAGAACAUAGAAAGAGUCUAUAGUGUGCUCUGCUCUCUACUGCUCUCUACUGCUCUUAAAACUACUGCUGUUAAAUCUACUGCUAUUAAAUCUACUGCUCUUAAUUCUACUGCUAUUAAAUCUACUGCUGUUAAAUCUACUGCUGUUAAAUCUACUGCUAUUAAAUCUACUGCUGUUAAAUCUACUGCUAUUAAAUCUACUGCUCUUAAUCCUACUGCUAUUAAAUCUACUGCUGUUAAAUCUACUGCUAUUAAAUCUACUGCUGUUAAAUCUACUGCUAUUAAAUCUACUGCUAUUAAAUCUACUGCUCUUAAAUCUAUUGCUAUUAAAUCUACUGCUAUUAAAUCUAUUGCUAUUAAAUCUACUGCUGUUAAAUCUACUGCUAUUCAACCCUUUUUAGGAAAAGCAAAUCUGCUUAUACAUAUUCACAAGCUUUAUGGAAUGCACGCGCAUUAGCUACUCUUUCAAUGUUUUUCUGAACAGCUGGAGGGAUCAAAGGGGGUCAUCAAGUUGAUUCCGUUUUGAAAUGCACACUUGCUACACUGAUUUGAUAGAUUACAACAGGGAACAGGAGAAUACUGAUAGACAAACACACACACACACACACACACACUCAUAGCAUGCCGACAGCUAGUCUGGCUCCUAACCCUAAUCACAGUGAACACUGCACCGACACUGUUCGUCUAAACAUGGCCGCCUGUUCUGUCCGUCCAAUCAAGGUGGCCAGGAGGAGUACGUCCUGUCCUACGAGCCAGUCACACAGCAGGAAGGUAAGACACAGCUUACAUCAUCAUCUCUGUCACAUAUCACCUGACACAGCAGCAGUAUCUUAUCAAUGCCCCAUUAGAGUUAGUUGGUUAUCUCACUUAGUUAUCUUAGUUUGUUAUCUUAGUUAUUAUCUCACUUAAAGUUAGUUAUCUCACUGUCAAUUAUUGUAAUAUGCUUCUAUAAGGGCAGUGUUGUUACAGUCGAUCCCUCUUGUGUCUGUCCAGUGAACUACACACGGCCCGUCAUCAUCCUGGGGCCAAUGAAAGACCGCGUCAACGAUGACCUCAUCUCAGAGUUCCCCGACAAAUUUGGGUCCUGUGUCCCACGUGAGUACCAACGUUUUUGUUACAUAAACAAUUUGAUGUUUUUAUGUUGACCGUUCUCGUCUUGUACCUAAAGGUGUGAUUACCAGGGCUGUCGGUAAUUAAAUAUAUAAAACAAAUCUAAAUACAUUUCCGUUGUCUUCGUCUGGUUAUUCAGACACGACCAGACCAAAGCGGGAUUACGAGGUGGAUGCCAGAGACUACCAUUUUGUGGUGUCCAGGGAGCAGAUGGAGAAAGACAUCCAGGACCACAAGUUCAUCGAGGCGGGCCAGUACAACAAUCACCUGUAUGGGACCAGCGUCCAGUCUGUACGGGAGGUCGCUGAGAAGGUGAAAAGAGGAGAGGGAAGAGAGGAGGAGGAGAGGGGGAAAGAGAGACGAUCAAGAAUAGGAGGAGAGGGAGAACGGAGGAGAUGA